AAGCAUUGUCACUCACACCCGGGCGAACUUGCAGAUAGCAACAUGGCUGCACAUUGAACGCCUCAUCAAUCUAGUUGACUGACUACCGGGGCGGGGCUUGUCAACCAAGAUCGUCUCUCCCUUAAACGGGUCCAGUGCAAAGAAGCUGAUUGCUUUGCUUUUUCACCACUCUAUCUUCACCAUUAGUCGAUCCCUCCUCUCUUAUCAGUGAUAAGUCAGUUUGCAAAUGGUAUGUAAAAAUAUUCUUGAACCUGCCCCACGAUCUAUGACCUACCUUCCCACGAUUUAGCACACCUACACGACCACAAGCGUCUUCAUGUCUUACAUCCCUCCGACCGUCACGGCGGUGUCCGCCCCGGGCAAAGUGCUCCUGACCGGCGGCUACCUCGUCCUCGACCGCAACUACACAGGCACCGUCUUCGCCCUCGACGCUCGCAUCCAUGUCAUUGUCCAGCAGCUGAAAAAAUAUCACCGGAAGAGCUCAUCCUCGGGAUCAGGACAAGCGGAGAGCACACCAGAUAGCAAGGAGAGCGAAGACAUUGUCGUGGUUCGGUCCCCACAAUUCGUCGACGCAGUCUGGGAAUAUGGUGCACAACGGUGCGAGAAUGGCGGUGGGAUCAAAGUGAUACAGAAGGGCCAGGGACGGCCCAACCCCUUCGUCGAGACCUCCCUCAACUACGCCCUGACCUACAUCAGCUAUGUCGCCGGAUCGAAAGACUUCGGCUCCCUCUCCAUCACCAUCCUCGCCGACAACGACUACUACUCGGAGACGGCCUUCUCCAAGAUCUCCGGGCUCCAGUCCCCCGGCCGCUUCGUCAACUUCGGCGUCCCCCUCCACGAGGCACACAAGACGGGACUGGGAUCCUCCGCCGCGCUGGUCACCGCGCUGGUCUCCGCCCUCGUCAUCCACCGCACGCUGCAGCCCGACGACCUGGGCCCCGCGCGCGACAAGCUCCACAACCUGGCCCAGGCGGCCCACUGCGCCGCCCAGGGCAAGGUCGGCUCGGGCUUCGACGUCGCCGCCGCCAUCUACGGCUCCUGCCUGUACCGCCGCUUCUCGCCGUCGAUCCUCGAAUCCGUCGGCGACGCCGCCACCCCUGGCUUCGAGGAGCGCCUCUUCGCCAUCGUCGAGGACGUCGACCCGGCCCACCGCUGGGACACGGAGUGCCUGGACUUCGGCAUGAAGCUGCCGCACGGCAUGCAGAUGGUCCUCUGCGACGUCGAAUGCGGCUCGAAUUCCCCCUCCAUGGUCAAGAAGGUGCUGGAGUGGCGCAAGCAGAACCCCCAGGAGGCCGACCUGCUCUGGACCGCCCUGCAAACCAACAACGAGCACCUCUGCCACGAGCUCAAGACCCUCUCCCAGAACGCCGCCGCCGCCGCCGCCGCUGCCGCCAGCGGCAACCAGGACAACAGCGGUAGCAGUGGCUACACGCUGGCCGAUUUCGGCGAGGUGCGCAACCUCAUCCAGCGCUCCCGCGGCCACAUCCGCAGCAUGACGGCCAAGUCGGGCGUGCCGAUCGAGCCCAAGGUCCAGACCGAGCUGCUCGACGCCAUCUCCGACCUCGACGGCGUCGUCGGGGGUGUCGUCCCCGGCGCCGGGGGGUAUGAUGCCCUGGCCGUGCUGAUCCAGGAUUCGCCCGAGGUCAUCAAGCGGCUGGAGGAUUCCUUCGCCUCGUGGGAGAGUAAGGUGGAAGAUGACUUUGGCGGGAAGAUCGGUACCGUCCGGCUUCUUGGCGUACGGCAUGGGUCGGCCGGAGUGCAGAAUGAGGGCUUGGACCAGUAUUCUGGGUGGGUUUGAGGAUGGUCAUCACGGGGAGCGAGUGACACAUCGCCACCGGCCUCGUAGAGCGUCCAGAUAAAAGGACGAAGCACGGAGCACGAAGAAACACCAUCGUACCAUGACCGGCGCGCAUGGUCCACCACAUGGAUAUCAGACAUUACCUAAUUCUCAAAGCGCCAACUGGGCGUUGCAGUUAUUUUACAUGAAUCUUAAUCUCAAUCUCCACGAAGAUUGAGGGUUGUGUAGGAUCCUCUCUUCUCUUGCU